UUGUCUGUUUGUUUGUUUGUUUGUUUGUUUGUUUGUUUGAUGCAGCCAUAAAGCCAUAAGUCAGAAUGUAUGAAAUGACAUUUUGUUGAAAGCAUGAAUCAUUCACGACACUCCUUCAUUAUCACCGACCGUACACAGCAGUACCUGCUGGGUACUGACGUGGUUCUCCCGAGCCCCACCUGUUAACCCGUACAUGUAGGACCACCUUUCGGGCAAGAAGUGGGGCAAUGGAAGUAUAGAAUGCGCCGCGGGGGCUGAAUUAAAGAUUUUAUACGUCUUGUUUCCAUGGAAACUUCAGUCUGUUCCUCUCUUUCUAAUGUAGUUACAUGUAAAAAAAAACAAAGACUGCUUCAGUUUAGAAACAAGUGAUGAAAAAACAAAGCUAAGUUAGCUCCUCGAAUGGUCUGAGAUGAGACUGUUUGUGUGUUAAUUGAUGACUAUACGACACGAGUCGGACCGGUUGGUGCGGUUGCUCCAGACAACGCGCGAAUGCAGGACAGCCGGCCCACAGAACAACAACAUGGCGAGAAGAACAACGUUAACAACAGCUUCUGAAGAUGAAGACGAAGAAACGGCGGAAAACCGCGUCUGUUCCCGGACGGACCUGCAGUCGGCUUCCAGCCUGGUUCUGGCCGUGUCCUGUACUCUGUUUGGCGCCUUCGCGUCCCAGUUCAUGGCUCUGAGCAGCCAGGCCGGCGUGCCGGGGCUCCAGCUGAUCUUCCUGAUGAAACUGACGCAGCUCCUGUGCGUUCUCGUGAUCCUGCCGUUCGUCAGACCCAAGCUGACGACGGAAGACGCGCCUCAAGCGCUCACCCUGUCCGCGACGACGGUCACAGACAACCUGGGGACCGUCCUGAUGUUCUUGUCGUUCGUGUACGUGGUGCCGGGCGUCGCGUUCGGCGUGAUCCAGGGCGCGAUCCCGGUGUCCACGGCGUGCGUCGGAUUCCUGUUCCUGGGGGAGCGGCUGGACGCGAUAGACUCGGGCGGGAUCCUGUGCAGCGCGGCCGGAGUGGUGCUGGUGGCGGUGGGGAUGAGCACGGCGGCCGACUCGUCCUCCCACCCGCAGCUGACUCUCGCGAUCGGCAUCCUGCUGCCGCUCGCCGCCGCCUUCACCAAAGGCCCGAAUAACGUGCUGAUGCGCUCCCUGCUGGGCGUGCGCGGCGUGUCCGUGGUGACCGUGGUGCUGUACGUGCAGCUGGCGGGCACCCCGGCGCUGCUAGCGCCCCUCCGAGCGCAGGUGGGGGAGGGGGGUGACCUUGACCGCACGUUCAAGUUCAACACAAAACCAACACAUUUUCCAGCAUGUGGCUUCCAGGAAGCCGCGAUAGGCCCCGGAUGUUGCCCCGCCCACUCACGCGAACUGCAACAUCCCGCGGGUAAAAUUAAAACCAUCUAA